UAUCGUCGUGUGAGUAGCAUGGGGGCUUAGUUGUAACGAGAUUAGUUGGCGAAUGACAGUGGCGCGAGGUAGAGCAAGAAAAGUAGCCUAAAGCUGUUGAUCUCCACCAAGGGUUACAGUUCCAUGUGCUACCCUACUGGGUUCAUUUUGUUGAAACUUGUUUCAUUGUGACUUCAUACGGUGCUAGCUUGACACGUAGUUGAACGGUUUGAUAGGAGCAUCCUUGUGACAGGAGCAUCCUUGUGACAGACGUCAUUCUUAGAAUUAAAGAGAUAUUUCUGGCGGCUAGUUUGUUUUGGUGAAAGUUAGAAACUGGAUGAAGUGGAUUCAUUCUAUCUUUUGGAAAUUCUUUCAACAGAUCUUCAUUUUACAGAAGUAAGAUAUCGUUUUAUAGCGGUAUGUUCUAAAUGUAUGUUCUAAAUGUAUGUUCUAAAUGUAUGUUCUAAAUGUAUGUUCUAAAUGUAUGUUCUAAAUGUAUGUUCUAAAUGUAUGUUCUAAAUGUAUGUUCCAAAUGUAUUUUCUAAAUGUAUGUUCUAAAUGUAUGUUCUAAAUGUAUUUUCUAAAUGUAUGUUCCAAAUGUAUGUUCUAAAUGUAUUUUCUAAAUGUAUGUUCCAAAUGUAUGUUCUAAAUGUAUUUUCUAAAUGUAUGUUCCAAAUGUAUGUUCUAAAUGUAUUUUCUAAAUGUAUGUUCUAAAUGUAUGUUCUAAAUGUAUGUUCUAAAUGUAUGUUCCAAAUGUAUGCUUUAAAUGUAUAAAUGUCUCAUCAACAUACUAAUAUAGAUAUGAAGGUGCGCCCAUACUUAACGUCAAUAUUCAAUCAUUAAAUAUGUAUUUUCAUUUCCAGCUGUAGGACUCAAGUAUUAUUUUUCUACCUGAACAAGAAAAUAUUACUAUUUAAUUUUAAAAUUAUGUAAAUAUUUCAUUUUACAUUGCAUAAAAAAAAAUAUUAAAAAAUCUAAAACAAGUUCUUAAGACCAUCGGUUUUUUUUUUUUUUAGUAGCCACGUUUGAUUUCAAGUGAAGCUUUAAAUAUAUUUAUUAUUGCUACUAAAAAUCUAGAAUUAAUUUAAAUUAAUGUUUAAAAUAAGAUUUAUGAAAAGUUAAUGUCAUUGAGGAGGGGGUUGGGGUCCCGAUGCUCUGCUCUCUUCCUGGCCACGCUAAUACACACCUUAGUUAUUAAGUUUAGUCUCUCUCUCUGCAGGUUUUCAGGGGCAAAGGUUAGCGACCAGGUCAUAAUCUGAACCAACGAUGAUGCUUCAAGUGACCGUGGCAGUGUUGUUACUCUUGGCUGUCCUGCACGUGACGUAUUCAGUAGAGCGGGGCUUCGUCUACUGUCCAGCGUACCCUUGCACGUGCGAGUCAAAAGAUGGCGCCCUGAUCAUCAACUGCAGAAAUCUCUAUCUCUCCAGCCUUCCGAAAUUUCUUUCGUUUGAUGGCAGAGUCAAGGAGCUGUCCUUAAGGUUAGUCUUGAGUUCUUUUGAUUCUAUUUAUAUUUUAUAACUGGCUGUACUAGUGAACUAUUUUUUAUUUCUGUUUGCUUUAGUUUAAGCCCUUUAUAAUUAAUGUAAUCCUACCAUACAUAUUGAAAUGGUCUUGUUUACAUAGCAGACUGUCGCCUAAAUGUUUUCCGUGCCACAAAAAUUGAGGGUGGCACAAUUGGGUCAUAUAAAUCCCAAUAGACCAGAAAAGAUGGUCGAUUUUGACCCUGAACGCAUAAUUUUUUUUUAAAAAUGGUGCACUGUUUUUUCUAUGUUAACUCAAUAUUCAACUGUUUCACCCAAUUUUUCAAUGAAUCUCUUGUAAUUAUGUGUGCGUUUUCCGGAUGUCUUCAAGUUCCACUUUUUAUCAGUUACUUUCAUCAAUGCUGCUGACGUGAAAUGUGAUAUUUGGCUUCAGGUCUUUAAGUCCCUUUAUUUUUUCUUUAACAAUGUCAAUGAUUUUCAAGAACUUAUUGCGAAAUAUGUCUGUUUAAAAUUGCAAUCAUGAAAAUAAAAAGUACUCACCUAAGAGAUGGCGUAGUGAUAUCAAAGCAGAACUUCCGUCUCAAUCCAAGAUUCCCAUAAUUACUUAUGUCUACACUUCAGUGCGAUGUUGACCUUUGCGAUGUGAACUCUUAAAGUUUAUACAACAAUGUGAUGUCAUAUAUUAUUUUCAGCAUAAAUUCAUGAUUUUUCUUAUGCUGUUUGCUAUGUUUUAGAGAUAAACUAUUUCUUAUUCUUCAAUCAUUGUGUUCCAAAAAGUUACAGAUUAUGGGUUUUUGAUAAAGUUUUAACUUAUUUCACUAUUAAGAACAGAGCCAUCGCGUGGAUACUGCAGAUGCUAAGGGGGGGGGGGGGCGAAUAUAUAAGGAAAGUUUUGUGGAAAAUAAUUUAAACUAUAACUUUGAAAGCCGAGGGCUCACAACUGAAAAUUGGCUGUGGGCCUACAAGGGUCACGUGACGCCUCUGAUGACACAGUAUUUAAAGCCUGUUAGAGCUUAGUGUCUUUAUUUGUUAAUAAAAAUGUGUUUAAAUGGUGCUUCUUUUUUUAACAAUAAAAUUUCCACGUUUCUUCCAAAGCUACAACAGCAUCAGAAGUCUGCCCGCCAGGGGCUUUGAGGGGCUCCACAUUGAGAAGCUCGACCUCUUGGACAACGCCGUCACAUCCGUUCACGAAGAUGCUUUCCUUGGGCUGGAGAACUCCUUGGCGUCAUUGUCCAUACAGCUCUAUGCGUUGGAGGGCCUUCCUACUCUUGCCUUGUCACGACUCAAGCAUCUCCGGAGUCUGCACAUCUCGGGCUGCAAACAGCAAGAGCUGUACACCGAGCUCUUCCGGAAUCUGAGAAAUCUUGAAGAGCUGCAGCUGAUUGGCUGUCGCAUAGCUCACAUUCAACCUGGGGCGUUCGCGCUUUUAACGAAUUUGAAGCGACUGGUCCUCGCGGGGAACUCCAUCCGGUUUCAGCACAUCAAAGAGAUCAACUCGGUGGAAAACCUAACAGACCUUGACCUUUCAUCGAACGACAUUCAACUCCUGGACAACCACGCCAUCGCGCAUCUCACCAGACUGCGCCGUCUGAGUUUGGCCAAUAAUAAAAUGAUUUACAUGGCCGGGGGAGCUUUUUAUAAUUUGGACUUCUCUCUUGAAGAGCUUGAUUUACAUGAUAACGCCCUGAAUGAGGAGGCGUUGAAGUCCCUGAGGUACCUCAAAACUGUCCGCCAUUUAGACCUGAGCUCUAACAACAUUUCUUCACUCUCCGGGGAAGAGUUUAUCGGACUGCGGUACCUGACUUGGCUUAGUCUGGCCCACAACGACAUUGCCGUUGUGGUUCAACGCAGCUUCGCGGGGAUCGCCUCGUCGUUGGUUCGUCUGGACGUUCACGCAAACCCACUGGAACUUAUCGAACCAGGGGCGUUCUCUGAUUUCAUGAAACUGGAGUAUUUAAAUCUGAACAAUACUUACUUAGGCGGGACCCUGAAGUCUGAAACGUUUAGUGGACUAACUGAAACGUUGAAUUUUAUCGACCUGAGCCGAUCGGAAAUCAUUUCCGGUGAUUUGGAAGCGAUCUCGCACUUGUCAUCCCUCAACGAUAUCGAUCUCAGCUUCAACCGAAUAGAUCGCGUUCAUCUGAACCUUUUUAAGGGCUUGCGUCGGUUAGUUUCGGCCGAUUUAUCCAAUAAUACGAUAUCAGAGUUCCUGUCUGGGUCUGUUUCAAAAAUAAAUUCUUCAUUGCGGUUUCUCGACCUUUCACGGAAUCGACUUCAUACCAUUACGGACUGCGCGUUUUUCGUCUUUAAAGAUCUGUCGGAAGUACGGCUGGAAGAGAACCCGCUGUCCUGCAACUGCAGCCUGUCGUGGCUGUUCAGAUGGCUGCAGCUGGUCAGCUCUGGGCCAAACGAGUGGACCAACCACUGGCGCUGUGCAUCCGCCAGCAAAGGCGCGCCGAAGAAACUGUUUUCCGAAUUAGAAUUUGUUGAUUUCAAAUGCGUGGGUUCCUCAGCAAUAGAGCCGAGCUGCCUGAUGUUGUACAAUCUCCCGUGGAGAACGGAAACUACCGCGAGAACCACCUCGCCGACUACCCCAGCUAGUCUCCAUAUUUUAAGUUUGAACAUCACUCACCCGAACCCCGUAUCUCUCCACGUCAAAUGGGCGACCAGAGCCGGGGGCAUAACCGGUGGUUACCGAGUGGUUCUGAAGAGGUGCAACGAUUCCUUCGAGAUCGAAUCGGUUUCGGUGUCUCCGGAUACCACGUCCUACACAUUCUCCCCGUUUGAUAGAAGCAUCCAGCAGGAGGCCUGCAUCACGAUGCUGGACGAGGAUCUGACGGUGGUCCAAACCAAAUGCGAAGGGGUCAACAUCGCCGCACCGAAAACGGACAUGACGUCAACUAAAGAAGAGCAGCUGUACACGCUGAUCCACGGGUCGUUCAUCCCCCUCCUGCUGAUUUACAUCGCCGGUAGCAUGGCGUUGGCUUUCAUCGUCGCCUGCCUGGUCAUCUGCGUGCGCAAACGGCGGAGCAAGCCCGUGAGGAUCGAUCCGUUCUACCCCGGGUACCCGGCGUGGAUGGACCAGCGGUCGUCGGUCUCCAGUUUAUCCCUGACCCCCGACCCGCACCUUUUCAACACGUUUUUCUUCGAGGAGCUCGGGGGUCAGGAGCAGAGGGACUAUCACGCGCAAAGCACGCUCGUGAGUGGGGUCAGCGCGGGCGGCAGGACCAGAGCUCAAUCGCCCCUGCCGAGGGAACUGCCCAGGGACAUGCCCAACAUUCAGAUCAGUCGAAGAAGCUCCAGGACGCCGUCCUGUGUGCCGGCCUGCCCCUACGAGUGCGCCACUCUCAAUGCCACGACGAUACCGAAACAUUUGGCAGCCGAGAUUUUGGCGGGUCGGGCCGAGAUUGACGAGGAGUUCUACUUUCACUUUUAAAUCUGAACUCUUCAAAAACGGGAACGUGACACGUGACGUCAAAUCAGUGUGCGGAGCUAGGGUUGGAGUAGGCCAAGAUUUUUGCCUCACCGCUUCUCGAACAAACUCUGCAGUUGGCCGAAAAGUCCCCCCUCGGUAUAAAGGCAGAAAAGUGACUCCCGGACGGCCCACCCUCUCCUCAUCACUUGUCUACGCCACUGCAUUGAAUAAUGCCGACAUUUCAUUGGAAGCUAAACGGUGAUAUUAGAAUAUGUAUAAUAGUGGUGGUCAAGAAGGUGAGAGUCUGGUUGGAAAAGGUGAUCAUAACAAGGUGAUCAUGACAUGCCCUAUCAUAAUAUCGUAUUCAAUGAGAGACCGUUACAGGAGACAGUAGCUUUUUUUAAAAAAAAUUAUCAACAAGGCCUAAGAUACCAAGAGAAUUUUAGCUUUACAUUUGAAUAGUUAUGUUAGCUCAUAUAAAAAUAAGUCAGAAAGAAUGUAGCUGUAGUAGGUGAUACUCAUGAAUGUAGCUGUCGUAUGUGGUACUCGAUCGUACUCACGAAAGUAGCUGUAGCAGGAGGUACUGAUGAAUGUAAACAGAAAUCCUAACCUAUGACAUUGAGACUUUCAGAACUUGCUAACGUAGCUCAUGAAUUUUCAGCUGAAUUUUUUUUUUAAAAGUAGUACCAUAAAAAAAGCUUGAGAACCCAUGAUUUAGAA